AUGCAGAUCGAUCCGGCUGCUCUGAGUCGGACAGACUCGGCCUCUACUACAAUAGCCUCGUCCAAAAGCACUGCUCCAAAUGCUCCGCCAACACAGAAGUCUACCAAAGCCCUCAUUUCCGUGCCGCGCCUGGACCUCGAGCCCAUCUACACCGAGCUGAAGGCCGCCAUCGGUGACAAUUGGGCCGAAUACAAAGAAGCUACCUCGCUCUUUCUUCUAGGACAACUGAACCAGAGCGAAUUGUCGUCGCGAGUCGAUCAUAUAAUAUGCGCCGAUCAAAAAACUGAGCAUCUACAUAACAAUUUCGUAUGCGCGAUUAUCGGCAAUCUUACAAGGGAUCUUCCAGAUCAUGGUGUCGCAAGCUGGGUGUCGGCGAACGACAAGCCGUCCGUCGUGUCAAAGCCGACAUCGGGCGAUGCCGCUGAACAAAGGCUCAAGACGGAGGUUAUGCAACUCCCUCCCCGGGAUCGUCGACGAAUCAAAGCUAUCCCCGAGCGUGACCCCCAUGAACUCGCGCCCAACGAACUGGAGGAAUAUCAUUUGGCGAAACAGAUCAAGUUGCCAAGUCAAGUACCAGCUAGUGCGGGCGGGUUGAAUAAGACAAACUGGGAACUCGAAAUUCGAAAACGAUAUGCACAGCCUCUGGCGUCAGAGUCCGGCGAAUUUCCGGACGCCGAAUCUAUCCACGCACGUAUGGUUCCCAUUUGCUACGAGGAAUCAAUCGUCAGCGGUGCAAGCCUUCCCUGUGCCGAGUUCAUGGCGAUCGCAACGGAGACUUUUGUCAAGGAAGUUCUAUCCGUGGUAUUCUCGCGGACGAGAUCGAACGGCCCUUCAGGCACAAUUAACGGCAUGAUGAUGCGCAAGUACCGACAGCAGCUUGAAAGUGAGGAAUUGGCAUUCACACGAGGAGAGAUCGUCAAGGAUAGCGCGACCGGUCUUCUCCCAGUUGAGGCCAAGGAGGCAAGCACCCGAAAACCCUUGGGCGUGCGAGAUCUCCGAUUAUCCUUAGAACUCGGCGGAGGUGUCCUGAGUCAUAUGCCUCUACUCGUGGAUCAGAUCAUGGGUGGGUAUCUCGAGGAUGAGUUAGAAACAGACAAGCAAGACCGAGUCGAGGAGGUGAUCGAUGUCCCCGACACAAAGCCCGACAGUUACAUGGACGAAAUGGACGUGGAUGAGGCGGAGUUCGACUGGGAAGGUGGGACAGUCACGGAUCGGGAGCAAUUGGGUGCCCUUCUGGAUGAGUGUCUGUCAAUGGCCUCGUGA